UCGCCGGCACGAGCUAAGUGUCUUGGGUGGUUGUGUACUGUGGGGGUCACGAGUCAUUAUACCUCAGGAGGCGUGGCUGAGGGUGUUGGAGGAAUUACAUGUGGCUCACCCGGGUGUAUCUAGAAUGAAAAGCCAAGCAAGAAGCUACACUUGGUGGCCGGGAUUAGAUGCUGAUAUAGAAGAUAGCAAAAUCUUGCGGGACAUGCCAAGAACAUCAGCGAUCACCUCCAAAAGCGCCUCUUCACCCUUGGGCACAGCCAGAACGUGCGUGGUCGAGAUUACAUAUCGACUUUGCUGGGCCAUUCUUGGGUCGGUGGUUCGUUAUACUGUCAGAUGCGUACCCUAAAUGGUUGGAAGUAAAACCACUGAGUUCCCCCGCAACUGGACCUACCAUUCGGAUGCUACAGUCUAUUUUUGCGACCCACGGACUACCUGAAAUCAUGGUAAGUGAUAAUGGCUCGGCCUUUACCAGUCAAGAAUUUGGAAACUUCAUGAAGAGCAAGGGAAUUGUACAUAUUGCAACUGCACCUUACCACCCGUCCUCUAAUGGGCUGGCUCAGAGGGCGGUUCAAACAUUCAAGGCAGCCAUGAAGCGAAUGAAAAACAAACAGUGAACACUGGAAACGAAGCUGGAUGAAUUUCUUUUUCGGAACAGAAUCACACCACACGUGACAACAGGGGAGGCGCCAGCUGUGAUUCUGAUGGGACGGAGACCAAGAAGCUGCCUGGACUUACCACAUCCGGACCUGGAAAGAAAGACAAGGGAAGCACAAGAGCAUCAAAGGAAGGAUCAUGACAAAUCUUGCAGUUACCAGAAUCUGGAGACGGGGCAAACAGUGUUUAUGCGUAACUUCGGCAGGGGCCAGGAUUGGUUAACAGGCGUGGUUGAGAGUCAGACGGAACCCUUAUCUUUCAGAGUGAGGUUAGAGGACGGACGGUUAGUCAAGCGACACAUGGAUCACGUUCGACAGAGAACGACCGAGACUAAAAGUCCAGAGGGACAAGCAAUGAUGAAGGACAGUCCCAGCAUUGGGGUAGACCAACAGCAAGGAGAAGAAAGCACAAGAUUAUCAACAGCAACGAACGCUCCAGAUGUCACCAAACAUCAGCAAAUAGAACAAGCAGAGACCGAGGCUGAUCAGCAAUUGGAAAUAAAAGCUGCCGACGUUCCGCCUGUCCUCCGGCGUUCCGCCUGUCCUCCGGCGUUCCGCACGGAUUUCGAGACCUCCAGAAAGACUGGAUCUGUAGGGUAGUAAUGUGGGAACUUAGAAAAUUUAGUGGGAAGGGGUGUAGUAGUUUAGGGUUGUUUUGGGGAGGUGUCUUGGGGCGCCUGCGCAGUAGAAGAGUCUAGUUGGUUUUGGCGGACUUUGUUGAGUUAGGCAGUGUAGAGUGCAAAUACACGAGUCUCGAUACUACACACCCAUUCUGUAGUUUCUCUCGUUAACUAACUUUGGACAGACAGUUAACAUCUGUGUCCAAAGACAGUUAGCAUCUGUGUCCAACUUUUUGUUUACAGUCAGAGCAAGGGAGCUUGCAGGCUUUAGCCAUUUGGGUGCAUCAUUUUGCUUUUUGCAAAUGUCGGAUACUUUGACGUCAUAAGUGAAUUCUUGGCCAUUAUUCAACUUUGACGAGUUCAUACAAACCAUGAUAAUUAAUAGAGAUUCUGUAAAUUUGAGCAUA